AUCACAUCGCGACCAAGGAAAACGCAGCCAUUUUUCCUCACACAGAACAAAAAAUAAGUAUCAAAGCAUCAAAUAAAAUUAUAAUAAGUGAUAAAAAAAGUUAAACGAUAAAAUAGACUUGUGAAAGUUUCCACAUAGUAGAAAUACACUUUAAAAAAUAGAAAAGUGAACGAAUAAAAUGUAAGCAAGAUACCAUUAGUUCAGUUGAUGACGACGACAGAAUCGAUAAUGCUUAGACAAAAUAAAGCGAAAAAAAAAUCAACGCAUGACUAAGUGCUGUCUAUUGCUCUGCAAGGGACCUCAAUCGAAAUCCAUAUUUGUUCUGAAAAUAGAAAGAAAAAAUUUAAAGACAGUGAAUAAAGUUUCAGCACAAUAAAAUUGUUGCUUAAAUGACUCUGAUAAUAGUGUUAUUGUUUUUCAAGUCACUUUGUUUGUAUCUACAGUCAAUUGUUUUAUUUUGCUACGAAAAGUUUUUGAAUCCAAAGCAACGAUACGGCGGUGGUGGUGGCGGCGGAUCGUCAUUAUCAGGUAGUAAUUAUAAUCAACGUCAGCGUUCAGGAUAUUCAUUCUCAACUUCAUCAUCGAGUGCAUUGAAUAAGGCACGUGCAAGUGAACGGGAACAAUUGCUGGAAAAAAUUCGAGCACGAAAAAGGGCUGCCAAACAGCGAACAUAAAACUGUAUUGCCGCAAAUCGAUAUUGAGAACAAAAUCAAAUGAAACGAAGCAAAAAAAGGCUGUACACUUCGACGCAUUCAAUUAAAAAAAAAGAAGACUUGCUAGAACAGUAGUUUCUAUGGUAUUCCAUAUCCAAUUAAUAGCUGAGCGAAUAGCAUUUGUGCGACAAGUAGAAAAACAAGAAUAAAUAAACAUUUUUUUUCUUUUGUUUGGAAUAAAUGUUAACAAGACAGUUUCAUGAAAGUAAAAUUAUCUGUGUAAGAGUUCAAAUUAUUGCCACCGAAAUAAAUUAAAUUUUGAUGAAUCAACCGCAGGCAAAGAAAACGAAUAUUCGUUGAAUCAUAUUUUUUGAAGCGCAAAACUCAAUGGGGUGCACUGUGGUAAUCAAAUAUUUUUGAUGGAUUCGUUCAUAGAGUACUGGUAAAUAUACAGUGUUGCUUUAUCGGGAUCGAAUCGAACGUCAUGUGUACAACGUAAUCACGCACAAACAUAACUGAACAGUUUCCCAUUUUCACUCAUUGUGCGAUUAGAAUCGAAACGUUUCUGUAUGCAUGCGUGUGUGUGAUCUCGCGUAUUCUUGGUGUGUGUGAGUGUUUAAAUUGAAUGCGAUUUCUUCAGCUCUAGCUUCAGCUAUUCCGAAGCGGAGUUCGGCGACCCUUUUAUUACCAAGGCAGUUGUUACAUAUGAUUUUGCUGCUUCAACUCAAACAGAAAAGAACACUUCGUCGUCAUUCUAGUGUGUUGCUGGAAAUGAUCAACUAAAUAAGCAACCCCAAUCGAUUUUCUUCUCUAUUCUACCACCACCAAAUCUAUUUGACUGUGUGUGCGUACAUCAUCACACACAUAAAUUUCGGAACACAUUCACUUGCACCAUUUUUACUUAGCUUGCAACAUGAUUGGAUUUUGUCGUAAAAUUAUACGAAAACAACUAUUUACAAUUACUGUGGUCAAGACAAUUUCGAAGAUAUAUUGAAUUACUGCUAGUCAAGAGAGAAAGGAAAUAAACGUUAAGAAAAUACCUCUCUGUAUAUGGGUCAGUACUGUGACUGGUUCUGUGAUUGAGUAACUAUUGGACUAUCUUAAGGAAAUCCAUUCUGCAUAUUACUUAUUUUUAAUCGGAUUUCACGAGGAAAGUGUUUGACUUUGCGUACGGAAAUUGGUCGUGACAACGACACGCAUUAGUAUUGAGUUACUGCAGAAACCGCAAAAACAAUUGCAUUUCCAAUUUUCACCUACAUUUUACGAAAAGGAAAAAAUAUAGGAAACAAAUAGCCACAGCAAAUAUGUCUCCAAAACGUCAUUCAACCGCUCCGCACAUUGAACAUUUCAAUCGAAAAAGCAUUCAUCACACACUUGAAUACGAUGACGAUUGGGUGUGGAGUAAACGACAUCGGUCACAUGAAGUGGUGCUGACCAAACCAUGUCGCAAAGCGUAUUUUCAUCCAAACUGGAGUAAGGGAACAGCUGGUGUGCGUGGUACACAUGCGAUAAACAGUUGUCGCCAUUAUUGGGAAAUUCAUGUGUCGCAUCGAGUUUUUGGCACGAGUAUGAUGUUUGGAGUUGGUACGGAGGACGCACGAUUGCAUGCAAAUAAAUUUGAAAAUAUGUUGGGCGAAGAUGAGAACGGCUGGGGAUUGAGCCAUAAAGGUUUGGUGUGGCAUGGUGGGAUCGCGUAUAGAUUUACCGAACAAUUCAAUGAAAACGAAGCGACCGUAAUUGGUAUAUAUUUUGAUGGUUUAAAUGGAACGCUAACUUAUUACAAAGAUGGACGAUGUUUGGGUGUUGCGUUUCGUGGUUUGAACAAAGUUGAAAAACCAUUGUAUCCGAUUAUAAUAUCGACAGCAGCCAAAACGGAAAUGGUUGUAAGCGAGACGCGACGUGAUUUUCCCAGUUUGCAGGAUCGAUGUCGUGCCGAAAUUCUGAAACACAUCAAACAAAAAUCCGAGCUAGACAAAUUAGAAUUACCCACUGUCAUCGUCAGUUAUUUAUCGAGCGUGUUUUUUGAACCACAAUCACUUACACCCGUCGAUAAUUAUGAUCGCCCGUAAAUUAUAUACAUAUUGAAACGUUCUCAUUUCAUUCAUACAUUUUUUUUAACGAAUUAUUCCAUUUCUGAUAGUUUCUUUUACACUGUGUUACAUUAUUUAAUUUAAAGUGUAAACAGCCGACGGUGGAUAGUUAACCAAGAGAUUAUAUACGAGCUAAAGCCAUAAUAGAAUCGUUUUACUUAAGUAAAAUUAAAAUGAGUAUAAAUUAAACCCGAAAUAAAAAAAAGGACUAAUGUGAUUGUGUAUGUUUUACGAUGAAUAAUAGUAUUCACACUUAGAAUGUCAAUGUUUCGAACACACUUUAGCUAAUAUAAUUGAAUGUAUUUUGUAACAGAUUGUACGGAGUGCACAAUAGUUUAGGAGAAAGAAUUGCACAAAAAAUUCGAAUGUCUUUUGGUUACACAAAUCGUUAUCUACGAUUCGACGUGGAUUCAAUCGAUCGAUGCCAUAUAGCAUAGCAGUAUUAUUAUUUUUUGGAACGAACUAAAAACAACAAACAAUUGAAAUUUUACCUAUUUUUAUGCAUUCUUAUGAAGUAUUCAAAGAAUAUAAUCUAGUCAAUUUUUUUCUUGUCGGAGUGAAAUUAAAACAAUAACUUAUUUUUGGUAAUGUAAUUUGAAAAUCUAGUCAAAAAAAAACACAUGACAUUUUCCGUAAAUGAAAAAUUCGGUAAAUUUUUUUUUUAAUUGGGCCAACAUUGUGCAAUAACAGGAAAAUAGAAAAUAUUUCUUUUCAAAAUGAAUGUUUAACUGUGAACAUUUUUUUAUGUAAUAGAUGUCAUCAUCGAAAUGAUGCAUUUACAAAUAGCGAACAAUUUGUUAUAGUACAUAGAUAUCCAAUGGAAAAUAAGAUGCUUAUAAAAUAUUGUCGAAUGUGUCAUGUUAAGAACAUUUCAGGAAUUAACCUAGGGUGAAUCAGAAAAGAAAAAUGGAACUAGCCCAUCUAAACGUCAUUACUAUUGAUGUCGUCAAUGUAUUUAAACAUUUUAUUCUAGUCAUUUAAGUAAUUUUUAAUAAUCGAAACCAAUGAAACGUUCGAUUGUAAACAAAUGAAAUUUCAUACAAACUGAUUUUUUUCUAGUGUAAAAUUGUGUUGUUUCAUUCCAUUUUACUUUUAAGAGCGAAAAAAAAA